GAACUUCCCGAAGCUGCCCUUCCUCUGGGUGAUGCGCUGGACCCGCGAGGCCGCGCUGGAGGAGCCCUGCGAGCUGUCGCUGGAGCUGCUCGCCCAUGGCUUGAAGUACAUGCUGCUUUGUGUGGACGCGCGGGAGAAGCUGAAGCCCAAACUGCAGCCCAAUGAGCGCGAGGAGAAGCUCGACGAGAGCCUCACCGGGUUGGACGCUCACCACGACGCUCUACUGCAAAGUCUGCGUGACUUCCAGCAGCUGGCAGAGCAGCCGCGCCGGCCGCUGCCGGAGGAGUUGCUGCGGCAUGUGCGGCAGGCCAUUGUGACCUUCGAGGGCCGCUGCUUCGCAGUACUGCUUCGGGCAGGCCUUGAGAAGAAGCAGCCGCGCUGGGUGAUGCUUGGCCCGCAGCCUUUUGCGCGGCACGUCCGGGAAUGGGUCUCGCAGAUUUUCGGCAAGUUUCUGCAGCUCCCGGCGUCUCUCAGCGAC